GUUAAAAUUGUUGUUACUCGGUCUCUGGGUUUAUUUAAAUCUUUCCUACCUCAAAUAAUGACUUGUCCUGUCCAUCACUCAGAAUUGAUUUCACGUGAUGGGGAGCCGCCACCUGCUGGAUUAUGAGGCGCAUUGCAUUCAUUCGCUGCAGCGCUCUGCUUAUUUUUAUUUAUUUAUUUUUCAUUUAAAUUUUAGCUGCUGGAGAAAAAUAACCUGUUGAUUAAACUAUAAAAUAGCCAUAAUUACAUUAGUUUUCGUGCUCUAUUAAGUAUAUUUAAAAACAUCAAAAUGACAGUAGCCACAGUUUCCUUAUUUCUUUAGCCAAUAUUUGAUGCCACUCAUAGGCAAGAAAUAAUUGGAAACCUCAAGGUUUGCAAUUGCAAAGGAGUAUUAAGGUCCCCAUUGUGAAAACGAAAAUACACUAAGAGAUUUAAGUCAUACUUGUGACUUUAUUCCUGUAAUGCUGGCAACCAGUUCCGGGUGUACCCCGCCUCCUGCCCGACGACAGCUGGGAUGGGCUCCGGCACGCCCGCGACCCUAGUGAGGAGAAGCGGCUCAGAAAAUGGAUGGAUGGAUGCUCUUACUUUGUUCCCGAAAAUAAAUGACUGUGCAGUUUGUAUGUGAAUACACAUUCAUUGCACAGCAGUAUGUGCAAAAUGAAAAAAACAAAAAAAGAAUCAUCCUGACACCUGACAAAUAAACUUGAAUUAAUCAAUAAAAUCAAUUACUUGGCAACAGAGAUGAACCCCGCCAUCCUGCCUCUAGACUGGCUUUUGGGUACCUGGCAGUCUGACGAACCAGGGGAGGGCUGCUUUCCUACCAUCAAACCUUUCCGUUACUUGGAGACGCUUCAGUUCAGCCAUGUCGGGCAGCCUGUCGUUAACUUCACGUUCAACGCUUUCCACGCAGACUCCAAGAAGCCGCUGCACCGGGAGUGCGGCUUCAUCCGGAUGCAGCCGGAAACCAACAAAGUGGCUUUUGUUGUGGCGCAGAACUCGGGUCUGGUGGAGAUUGAGGAGGGCGAGCUUCUAGGCCAGCAGCUGAACCUGCAUAGCCAUGCCAUCGCCAGAAUCUCCUUCGCCAAGAAGCCUCACGUAAAGGAGAUUUCACGGGUGUUUCAGCUCCGUGCAGACGGGAGACUGGAGCAGAGGGUUUCCAUGGCAACAGACAGCCAGCCACUGAUGGAGCACUUGCGCAUCGCCUACGUCCGCUCGUCUUGAAGCAAAAACAAAAAAAGUCAAAUGAUUCACAGGAAGUCCAUAUGGUUUGUGGUGUUAUUUUUAACUCGAAGGGGUUAUGUUACAUCAUCUUUGAAGGAAAAUCAUAAAAAUCUGAAAUCUUUGAAAUCUGUUGAUUUGCUAUCUGCAGAGUUUUUUUGCACUUGUUUACAGUCAAACUUAUGUAGCACUGAUGAAUGUACACUAUAUGAUAAAUUCCACAUGGAUAUUAUUUAGGGACACAGUGGGUUUAUUCUGAUGUGUCUUAUGUGUUAGGUGUCUGUAUGUUCUCAGCUGUACCAAAAAAUAAAAAAAAAAUGUAACCACUGUAAUAACUAACAGAUACCUGUGGGUGGCAGCUUUUGAGUAGAAGAUAAAGAUUAGGGUGUGAAUUUCAGUUUGUCCCAUUGAUGAGGGAGGGAAUGCCAACAUGCCAACAAAUUUAAAAGAUUUUGCACAUUUGUCAUUAAGUGAACAUGGUAUAGUCCACAAGCUGUACACAUAUAAUGCAACACACAUUUUUAAAAUUGUUUACAUUUCAUUUUGUUUUGUUAUCAGUUUAUUUGUGUAAAGACAAAAUAUGUGGUGAAUUCCAAAACAAUGAGCUUUUUGAGAAAACAUCCAAGGGUCCUGUUGAUGCAUUCAUUCAAAAUUAAGAAUCAUGAAACAAAUAUUAUUAAACUAUUACAUUUUCAACAGGGUAAGUUGUAAUUGCUACCAAGUACAUUUCCAAGGUCCUCUUCCCGAAUAAGGACAAUAAAAGAAAAGAAAAUGGAUGAAACAUGAAGGUAUAAUGCAGGGGUGUCCGCAUUUCAUUCUUAUAUUUUUAACAACAAAUCAAAUUUGAAAUCAAAAGUCAUAGAAGAUAUUGACACCCAAAUUCAAACAGUUGGGUUCAGUUUAUGUUAAGGGAUUUGGUGAAAACAAAUGUUUGUAAUAUAUGUAAAAAGUGAAUAAAAAAAUACUAAUGGUACAGAUAUUCUGCCAAAAUGAAAAGAACAAAUCCAUUCAGUAAGAAAGAUGACAUAGACGCACUUGAUUUGCUUUGAUGGGCCACAAAAAAAAUUAUG